AUGCCGUCUCCACCAAGAAGCGCAAUAUCAUUUCCGAGUCAGGCCGACCUCUUCUAUUUCUGCACCACCUCAUCAACCUCCGAAGAAGACCUCAACAUCCACUAUGCCCCUCCAUCAAAGUCCUCAUUACGCAUCGGCGUGCUGGUACUCAGCAACGACCAAAUCCAACUAGCCGACCUAGCCGCACUUGACCUCCUCGCCAUGGUCGGAAGAAACAGAAUUAGCAGAAUGCACGCCACGGCAUCCGCCAUUGACUCGGCCGUGGACGAAAUCGACAUUCGAUAUGUCAGUGUGACCGGAGAGGGGAGUUUUCCUGUCACGGCUGGCACGCGAAUGCCGGUGACGAACUCGUUCGACAAUGCGCCUCAAUUCGACAUCCUCGUCAUCCCUGGAUCCUUCUCAGCGACCGCAAUGCCGGUAGAAGCUACCUCCUUCCUCACCUCGCAAUGUCUAAACCCCAAUCUCAUCGCCAUCAUAAGUAUAGCCUCAGGGAUCUAUCCCCUCGUCCAAGCUGGCAUCUUACACGGCACACGAGCCGCAGCACCCAGAUCGCUACUCCCAAUGCUGCAGCAACAGUAUCCUGAGACGCUAUGGCAGCAUUCUUCCUGGGCCCGCCACGAGAAAGUGUGGUCGAGCAACUCGGCCGUUUCGGCUCUCGAUAUGGUUUCCACGUGGAUGCGCGAGUACUUUUGGGAUAGAAGCGAGACGGUCGACUUUGCGCUUACGGUUGCGGGUAUGGGCUCGCUUUAUGACUAUAAUCACUGCGAUUAUUGA